AGAUUUAGAUGAUCAUAUAAGCCGCCCCGUGCCCGAGUUUCAAUCAAUCUCAAAAGCAAGUUGAAAAUAUUCUCUCCAAUUCUAUUCGUCACCGUUGUUUCACUCUAUUCUGUGUGCCUUUCGAUUUGCAGUCUAAGUUAUAGCUGUUUAAUUAUAAACAUAUUUGAACUCCAUUAACAAACAAGUUCCAUUACAGACAAACAAAGCAAUGGAAACCUACGAGGUAAAAGGGAAUACUGAGAACAAGAACCAAGAUCUAAAACGCCUUGGGUUUGUGAAGAUCGCUGCUAUUCACACUUACGCGUUUGCCUCAUAUCUGUAUGAAUCCGCAAAGAAGAACUCAGGGUCUUUGAGAUCGGCUGUUGAAACGGUAGAGGGAGCAGUAACCACUGUUAUUGGUCCUGUCUACAACAAAUUCAAGGAUGUCCCUGAUGAUGUCCUAGUUUUUGUUGACAACAAGGUGGAUGAAGCUACUCACAAGUUCAACGAACAUGCUCCUACUAUUGCUAAGCAGCUUGCAGACAAAACCAAAACUUUGAUUCAGAAAGCGACACAUGAAGCAGGGAAAGCUGUGAAUGUGGCUCAAUCUGAAGGACCACGAGCAGCUGUACAGUAUGUUGCUACAGAAUCCAAGAAUUUGCUGCUAAUCAAUUCAGUGAAGCUGUGGGCUGGACUCAACCAAUUUCCACCAUUCCAUGCAGUUGCAGAAAUGGCUAUUCCAACCGCCGCUCACUGGUCUGAGAAAUACAACCAUGUAAUCAAGGCAAUGGCUGAAAAGGGCUAUAGUUUUGUUGGUUAUUUGCCUUUGAUACCCGUUGAUGAUAUAUCUAAGGCAUUUAAGCAGGGACAAGGUAAUUUGAAAGGAGAUGGAGAGGUUUCAGUGGAAAAGAAACUAGAAUAAUCUUGUUCUGUUUGAGUUUUAAUUACUCAUAUACAAAAUGCUUUAAGUGACUUUGUUUUCAGAGUUGAAACAAUUUAGGCCUAGUUGUGGCUAUCUAUGUUUGAAGUUAGUAAGAUCUUCUUGUAAUUAAUCCAUAGUGAUAGUAAUGAUGUAAAUGUGCGAUAAAUGGUUAUGAAGUUUUCUUAGUUUUGUUUA